UACCACUUCACUUGAUCUAUUUUAUCAAACAUAUACAACAAUGGCUCGCUUCAACCUUUCCUUCCUUGCUGUGUUCUUGGUUCUCGCUGUUUGCGCUCUGUCACUCCCGACCAAGCGUGACUCGCUGCUCCCCAUGAGUGAUCUGGGACUUGAUCAGACUAUCGAUGAAUUGAAGUCUGCCACUAAGAUGAUGAACGGCAUGGACAACAAGGACACCAACGACCAGAAGAACCAGGUUGACCAAGACCCUGCUGUCCAGAGGAACUCUACUGAGGAGAAGAAGGCUGAAGUUGAAGAGCCUACCAAGACCGAGAAGAAGCUUACCUCUGGUAAAUUCGCUACACCGACUCCUACUAGCACUCAUCACGCUACUUCCGUGCCCAACUCUCUGGGCAAACUUCCCAUUGUCGGUACCUUGCUUGGCGGUACUGGAGGUCUUUGA